AAUAUUACAAAAAAUAUUUCUCUGUAAAAAAAAAGUUUAUAAAUGACACUCCAGUUUUUGCCGACAAAAAAGAAGAAACCUAAAGACUGCUUCUUUUUUUUUUCCUCCUUGGUAGAAAAAAGUUCUGAAAUUUGCACAUUCUUGUCUCUUUUUUUCUCCACACCGAAAUCUUCUCCCUAUUUCUCCGACGUCCUUCUUCUUCCUUCUCCGGUCAACACCGACCGGUUCUCCACGGAGACUCUCGUCUCCCAUUUUUUUUUUUGUACGGCUACUUUGAUCGAUCGCCAUUGCUGAAUUUCAAAGCCUUCUCUGUGUCAUUUUUUCUGUAACUGGAAGUGUGAGCUUCCAUCAAUUGAGAGUUGAAAGUUGACUCUUAAUUAAAACCUGAGAGAGAGAGAGAGAUUCUUCUUUUAUUUAAUAGAGCAAGAUCUGGGUUUUAGUCAGAUUAUUAAGUCGAGAUCAUCGUGGGCUACUUUAAAACUAAAAAUCUGGGUUUUUCGAGGUGUGAUUAAUGCUCACAGAUUUGUGUGGAGAUUACAUUUUCUCUGAGUGUUAUUAGAGAGGAUAAUUAAAAGCUUGAGCACCAAACCUAUUAUAUUGUUUCAUUCCUGUCCUUUUAAAUCUGCAGUCUUUUAAGCUGUGGUUAGUUUUUCCAGGCUUACCCUUUAAGUGUUCGAUGAAAUUCCUCUGAGGGGUUUUGGGAACUGUGAGAAUCUUCUGUGAGAGUGGGGUUGGUGGGUGAUAUAGAAAAAUGUGUAAAAUGGAGAAGUUUCUUUACCACAGGAAACUAUGGGAGAUGAAUGUUAAGCUUUUAGGAGAGAGCAAAGUUGAGAAACUCAAGAACUCUUUUGUUUCGAGGCCUCGUAUGAGCUUAUGGAUGAUUCGUGCUGUUACUGUAUUGUUGCUUUGGAGCUGUUUUGUUCAUUUGAUGGCUUUGGGAGAGAUGUGGGGACCAAGAUUGUUUAAAGGUUGGCCUUCUUGUUUCAAUCACCAUCAACUGUCCACUGCCGCAGAGAUGACGUCUCUUCCUACCAAAAUUGCUCUUCCACCUAAAAGGGUAUAUGUGAACAAUGGUUAUCUUAUGGUUUCCUGCAAUGGAGGACUCAAUCAAAUGCGAGCAGCUAUAUGUGAUAUGGUAACCGUUGCAAGAUACAUGAAUGUUACACUUAUUGUGCCGGAGCUUGACAAGACCUCUUUUUGGAACGAUCCAAGUGAGUUUAAAGACAUAUUCGAUGUGGAUCACUUCAUAAGUUCGUUAAGAGAUGAAGUUCGGAUACUCAAAGAGUUACCUCCAAGGCUUAAGAAAAGGGUUGAGCUUGGAGUGUACCACGAAAUGCCUCCUAUUAGUUGGUCAAACAUGUCUUACUACCAAAAUCAGAUUCUUCCACUGGUGAAAAAACAUAAGGUUUUACAUCUGAACAGAACGGAUACCCGACUUGCUAAUAAUGGACUGCCUGUGGAGGUUCAGAAGCUGAGGUGCCGAGUAAAUUUCAAUGGGCUUAAGUUUACUCCUCAGAUUGAGGAAUUAGGUAGACGAGUAGUCAAGAUUCUGAGAGAGAAAGGUCCCUUUCUUGUCCUGCAUCUCAGAUAUGAGAUGGAUAUGUUAGCAUUUUCUGGUUGUUCACAUGGUUGCAACCCCGAGGAAGAAGAAGAACUAACAAGAAUGAGAUAUGCUUAUCCAUGGUGGAAAGAGAAAGUCAUAAACUCUGAGCUGAAGAGGAAAGAUGGCCUUUGCCCUUUAACUCCUGAGGAAACCGCUCUCACUCUGACCGCGUUGGGUAUUGACCGAAAUGUUCAAAUUUACAUAGCUGCUGGAGAAAUCUAUGGUGGUCAAAGGCGGAUGAAGGCUUUAACAGACGCUUUUCCAAAUGUGGUCCGGAAAGAAACCCUACUCGAAUCCUCUGAUCUGGAUUUUUGCCGGAACCAUUCAUCUCAAAUGGCUGCACUUGAUUACCUAGUGGCACUUGAGAGCGACAUAUUUGUUCCAACCAAUGAUGGGAACAUGGCAAGAGUUGUUGAAGGUCAUCGCAGAUUCUUGGGGUUCAAGAAGACAAUCCAGCUGAAUAGGAGGUUCCUAGUUAAGCUGAUAGAUGAGUAUACUGAAGGAUUGUUGAGUUGGGAUGUAUUUUCAUCCACGGUGAAGGCAUUUCACUCUACUCGAAUGGGAAGCCCUAAGAGACGGUUAGUGAUUCCCAAUAGACCCAAGGAAGAAGACUACUUCUACGCCAACCCACAAGAAUGUCUGCAGCUGUUAGAUGAACCAUUGAGAGUCAUUUGAGAAUGUGACUCCACCACUGGCGAGAGAACAGCUUGAAAGAGGAAUUUACAGUGAGUUUUACAGAUUGAAGUUAUUUAGUGUUCUUGGUGUAGAGAUUUCUGAAAGAGCUUCCAUGGAUGGAGAUUAGAAUGUUGAUUAAAGCUUACACUGUAAAGUUUGGCAUCCAUGGCCUUGCCAGUUUUGUUAGCUAAAUAAUAAGUGCCAUUUUGUGUAAUUAAACCUUGGUUACAGAUAUAUAUUUUUCAUAUUAUUUUUUUCUCUCUUGAUAAAAUCAAUCCCAA